AUGUUCCAGGUAAGGCUGCCACACCCCGAAGAGCACCUGCAUCUACGCCUUCACAGAGCGCGAUCUGUCGUUCUGACGUCACUUGUUGAAGUUCGCGCAGCACAACGUACCUUUGAAGGUGCGUACAUGCGCACUGCACUCGGACAGUUCUCUUUUGCCCUUGUUAUUGUGAAGAUUUUCACCGAGGAGUUUUAUGCCAUUGGCGCUCUCUUUGCCGUCUAUGGCGCUGCCGUGUUGCUUGUAGCAAUGUAUCGUCGGUACCAGGGGAACAGACAAUUUUUCAGUGCCGAAUCCCCCGAUGGUACCGUCAAGAAGAAAUUUAAGACAAGUGGUGAUACAGUGUUGCUUAUGACGGGUCUGAGUUUAGGGGCAUACAUCACGCUCGUUGUGUUGACCUGGCGGCUGGUUUCGUGA